AUGUCGAACCCAAAAGACCCGGUGAAUUUAAAGGAAGUUGAACGGCGUCUAAUGGACACAAACAUCUUUUUGCAGUCGACCUUUGACCCUGAAAUCUUUGUAGAUUCGUUGCUUUCUGAUCAGAGUGACUAUUCUAUUGCAAAAGGAAUUGAGACGUUUGACAUCGACCCAUUUCUGUCUUUACUGAACCUGAGCAAGUCACGGAUCGACAAUCAGUUUCUUGCGUAUAAAAAGUCUGUUGAGGAAUUUCAAGAGCAGUGUCUUUUGGAAGAACAGAACCACGUUGCGUCUGUCACUGCGUGUCGAAAGAAGUUUGAUAAAGCACUGACACAAUUCAAAGAAACGGAGAACGGCGUUUCUGAGUUAUCGACGGAAGUCAUGCAAGCGGGUGAGAGACUUCAAGACCUUGCGACUGAAGCGUCCCGAGGGAAACAGGCUUCUUUGAUAUUAGAGAUGUUUCGAACAUUGAAUGGGGAUAAGAACUUUGAUCCAGUGAUGUACAAGAAGCGCAGAGAAGAACUUGAUGAAGAUGAUGAUGAUGCGGAAGUCAAUUUUGUUAUUCGUGUGAAGAAGUUGAAGAGUUUGAGUAAGGAGUUGAAGAGUCCCGAAAGUGUUUUGGGGAGAAAGAACGUCGAGACAUUAUUUGAAUUUUUAGAACGCGACUAUUUAAAGAACUUUAAGACGGCAAUGGCUGAGAAGAAUUUGAUUACCAUGAAAGACAAUGCAGAGAUGUUAUAUUAUUUGAAUGGUGGAGAUACAUGUGUUGAUGAGUAUAUCGAAAGUAAUGAAUUUUUGAAUGAUGAAGUUGCGAUCCACAAGGAAGAGGCGUUGGCUGAGUCUGAUAUUGAAAUCAAUAAAACUGUCGUAGCGAUCAACAGUCAAGUCCUUGCGGCCUUCUUGAAGACGUUACUUGCACAGAUACAAAAAGAGAAACAGCGAAUUGAAAAGAUUUUUGUUCAAAAAGAUGUUGUAUUGGCGCGAUAUGUUCAGAAAAUUGUCGAAGUCCGUGUCACCGGCUUUUUAAGUGGGUAUCUCUACAAAGGGUUAGACACGGACCCUGAUUUCAAUUGGAAAUAUCUCUUUUUACUCUAUGAUUCGUACACGCAAAUGUCCAACUUCUUUAAUAAAACACUCACGUCAUCAGGAAUGAAUGCCGUCUUUUUGAGUGAUUUAGUAGAGAACGUCUUUAAUGAAGAUAAGACUUCGAAUUAUAAUCCAACAGAGACUGAAUACAUCGCCUCUGUGUUUAAAGCACAUAAAGACAAAUACACUGCAAAGAAGAAGACGGUGAAAGCGGACAGUUCAACAAAAGUGGUGAUGAGUGGGUUUGGGGAGUUAAUUGACCCGAAAGAAGUGAAGUUGAUUUGCGACCAACUCUCGUUUGGGAUGGUGCGUGCACAGACAUUAAGUGUACCUGAAGAUUUUGAUGGACUGACAACACAACUUUUUACGUAUUUGAUUCAGUGGAUGGAUGAAGUGUUGAAGGAUGUUGUCGACAAAAUGGAGUACCAGACGUCGAAGCAGAGUGUCAACCCAAAGAAUGUCGAAAACUUUUUGAAGGGAUAUCUUCAGCUCUUAACGAAUGUGACCACAUCAGUCCGAUCAGUUCAAGUGAUGUUUGAGAAAUCGAUCACCCCCUGUUUCAAGUAUUCAAUACAAAAGUUACAAGGGUACACCGACACGUUUAAAGGACGUAUAGAAAACUUGGAGAGUGGGAUUUCCGAGAGUUUGAGUGAACUUGGGAAGUGGCUUGUUGGGAACUGUGAGAAGAUCCUGAAUUAUAAAAAUGAGUUUAAAUUGAAAGACGAGAAUGAUGAUACUUGGGUGACUGCGGGAUGUUCACAGAUCUGUAAAGAGACGUGUCGAUUCAUUCAAAUGAUAGUCGUCGCAUUCGAAAAAGGAUUGACUGGGAGUAACAAGAGAAACUUUUUAGUGACAUUUGCAAAUGGGUUGCACGGGCAGUUCAUUAAAAUCAUCAAAAAACUGAAGAUCACCCCUAUCAGUGGGGGGUUCUUAUUUAUGUACGAUGUCUCUGCAAUUGUUGACACCGUCAGAAGACUUUCAUUCCCUGUUACUGUACGACCUAUGUUUGAAAACUUGUCGUCGUUGUUUAAAAUCUUUUGUAUACCAAAGAGUCAAGUACUUGAUAUAACUACAGCCAUAAUGAAAGACGGCGGCUUUAUGGGAAUAGAUCCAAAUGAAGUGCUCAAAUGUAGAACCGACUACUCUAAAGAGAUGCAUGUUGCGUUCUGA